CGUGUCCCGCCGGACAGGAGCGAGCGCCCCGGUGCCCGCGGCCAGCCGGCGGCUGGAUGUCUCGGACUCCACUGAUAAUUUUGAGACCCCUGAAGCAGAAACGCCGACCUGCUCGCCCCUAAAGGAGUUCUGCGAGCCGCCGGGAGCGCCGGAGGCCGAGGCUGGGACGCAAGAGCCAAGUGACCAUGUCAACCUGCUGCUAGGGGAAGCCCACCAGGACAGCUCGCCUGGAAAGCAUCCCAAAGAUGAGGCUCAACUGGGGGCUGGAGCCCCGACAGCCAGCUUGGAUGCUAAAGGGGAAACUGACCCCAACAGCUCACCCCUGACACAGCCUCUGUCCGGGCUGGGCCACCAGGCUGACGCUGGCCACGCCACUGUGCCUGCUGCGGAGCUGGCCCCAGUGCCCCAUGAGGGCACAGCCGCCCGGGAGCAGGUCAUGUCAGGAGGGGCCAUGGCGGAUGCUAACAUGGGGCUGGUGGAGCUGAGGGCUGAUGCCCUGGCCCAGGAGGGCUCACCUAGCCAGGACCAGCUCGGGAAAGGGAAAACACCUUCACUGGGGAGGAAAACAGAUGAAGCUGCAGAGGAGGCUCUGGUGCCCCAAGCAUCUUACCAGCUCGACCCAAAGCAGUGUGACAGGAGUGAGCUGGGGGUAGACCUGGCCCAGGAGUCCACAGGGCAGGUCCCAAAACCUGAGGUCAAUUUUACAGAGGUGGGAGAGAGUGCAGAGCCCAGGAGAGCAUCACCCAGGAGGGCCAGCAGGAUCCCAGCCAGCAAGCUGACUCCAAAGAGACACAGAGAGUCUCCCAAGAAAUCAGCUGUGGAUGUGGAGAGGGGCUCCAAGGAGCUGCCCCCAGGGUCCCCCCAGCUGGGUCCUGCACAUUGGAACAGCACUGGUCUUGACUCCCACAGUGGCAGCUCAGCACUGCAGAACUUGCCAGCUCUCCCCAAGGGCUCUUACCAGUUUGACCCCAAUAACUUUGACUCCGUGGAUCCAUUCAAGCCCACCAAGAUGCUCACCAGCACCACCGCUGACUCCUGCUCCACUGCUGAUAACAGCCUCAACGAAAUCCUCGAAUCUCAGACGAUGGAGGUGCAGGACGAUCCCCUGCAAGGCAGAGACUCCCCCAAGAAACCCAAGUCGCGCCUGAUAACGAGUGGCUGCAAGGUGAAGCAGUACGAGAAAAAAAACAUCAGCGCUAAGAAUGAAGGAGUGUUGAUCUCAGAAAUCCCAGAUAUUGCAAAUCGGGAUGGACGUGCUACCGAUGAGGAGAAGUUGGCCUCCAGCACCUCUGCACAGAAACCAGCUGGGCUGGAGAAGAAGGCUGAGCCAGAAGAUGACCUGGAGUACUUUGAGUGCUCGAACGUCCCUGUGCCCGUGACGAAGCACAGACCAGAGGCAGGCUUUGAAAAGGAGAUCUGCAAGCAGAUGGAAAAGGAUGGGCCUGGCAUCUUCCCUGACAAUCCCGGGCUGUACUCCAUGGACAAGUGCCCCAGUUUAAGCAGGAGUGAGAGCCCCCUGGAUGGCAUCUGCCUCAGCGAGUCGGAGAAGACGGCCGUGCUCACGCUGAUCAGAGAGGAGAUAAUCACCAAGGAGGUCGAGGCCAGUGAGUGGAAAAAGAAAUAUGAGGAGAGCCGGCAGGAAGUGCUGGAGAUGAGGAAAAUCGUGGCUGAGUAUGAGAAGACCAUUGCCCAGAUGAUAGAGGAUGAGCAGAGGACAAACAUGACAUCUCAGAAGAACCUGCAGCAGCUCACGAUGGAAAAGGACCAGGCUCUGGCAGACCUGAACUCAGUGGAGAGGUCCCUGUCAGAUCUGUUCAGGAGAUACGAAAACCUGAAGGGCGUCCUGGAAGGCUUUAAGAAGAAUGAAGAAGCUCUGAAGAAAUGUGCCCAAGAUUAUCUAACCCGGGUCAAGCAGGAAGAGCAGCGGUAUCAGGCCCUGAAGGUCCAUGCAGAAGAAAAAUUGGACAAAGCCAAUGAGGAGAUCGCCCAGGUGCGCACGAAGGCCAAGGCGGAGAGCACGGCGCUGCACGCUGGGCUGCGCAAGGAGCAGAUGAAGGUUGAGUCCCUGGAGAGAGCCCUCCAGCAGAAGAACCAGGAGAUUGAGGAGCUGACCAAGAUCUGCGAUGAGCUGAUAGCGAAGCUGGGAAAGUCAGACUGA